AUGGCUGGACACUGCCUGGCAAAGGCUUUAGCGACCGUGUCUCUCUCUGUGGCCUUGGCCUCUGUGGCAGUCAGGCCCAGCAGCUGCCCUAACAUCUCAGCCGGCUACAGCCCGUUCUCCUCACAUGGGUUUCCUCCAAAUUUCAUCAUGUCCGUUUCAAACGGCCCUGCUGAGACGCCCCACAAGAAGGCCAGGACAUCGCCUUACCCUGGCUGUAAAGUGGGGCGAAGCCAGGUCCCCAACAAGGAAGUGAGCUGGCUGGUUGAGCGGCCAGAGUACAAGGCUGUCGAGUACACUUCCGGCUCAGUCUUGGCCGGACCCAGGUGGGCAGACCCUCUUUUGGGUGAAAGAAACUUCUCUCUUAAAUUUAAUGAAAAGGAUGGGCAUGUUGAGAGAAGGAGCCAGAACGGUUGGUAUGAGGUUGAAAAUGGUAGACCUAGAAAUCCUGCACGUCGGCCAGGGCUGGUUGGCUGAGGGCUUUUGGGGCAUUGGGGCCCCAAUCAUGCUGCAGAUCCCAUCUUAACCAGGUGGAAAAAGGAUAGCAAGGGAAAUACAGUUACCCACCCUGUUUCUGGGAGAAACAUCCUGCAAUUUGUAGCCAACAAAAGGAAGGACUGUGGGGCAUGGGCCAUCCCAGGGGGGAUGGUGGAUCCAGGAGAGAAGAUUAGUACCACAAUGAAGAGAGAAUUUGGUGAGGAAGCCAUGAACUCCUUACAGAAACCCAGAGCAGAAACACAGGAGUUGGAGAAACAAUUGCACAAACUAUUCAGCCAGGGACAAUUUGUGGUCUAUAAAGGCUAUGUGGAUGAUCCUCGGAUCAAUAACACGUGGAUGGAGACAGAGGCUGUGAACUACCAUGAUGAAACAGGGGAGGUAAUGGAUCAUCUUCCUCUGGAAGCUGGUGACGAUGCCAAGAAAGUGGGAUGGGUGGACAUUAAUGAUAAACUCAAGCUUUAUGCCAGCCACUCCCAACUUAUUCAACUUGUGGCUGAGAAACGAGGUGCCCACUGGAGUGAAGACGUGUACCCCAACUGCCAUGGGUAG